AUGAAACGACCGCGUAUGCAAUUAAAUCUUGAGGUAUGGUCUUGCCAUUUAAUUCGAUUGAGCUCGUGUGAAGUGAGAAGUAAAAUUGUGUAUGCUGGUACCCUGAGGAAACGGGAACUGGACAGGACCGAUGCGCAUUGCAGUCAUUUACCUGAUGCUUCUGGUGCCAAGUACCGCAAAAUCGGAAAAGCCACAAACGGCCUUCCGACUAAGGACAAAUGUUUGAACAUAUCCGCCAGAAUUCCAUGUAACUUCGCCAGUUUUGGAUCAUCAGGGGUAUAUCUUACACCCACAAGCAUUCUCCACAGGGCGUUUAAAAUAGGAAUGCUGAACAACGAGGGCAUGCCGAGGGUACCUUCCCCGCCAUUGGUCUCCUUCAGAAGGUAUUUGACCAGCUCCUGGGACUCAUCUUCCAGCAGCGUGGACAUAUCGUUGGUGCCGAAGCCAAUCUCGCGGAGGUGGCGCACUAGGAAGCGACGCUGUUCGAACCAGAAUUCUCCAUCUGUCAUUAUGAUUCCUGAAACAAAAUCUAGACAGAUAGACCUUGCUCACUGCAGAUUCCUGAAAUUUCCAUUUCCGGCAGGCGUGAACCCGUCCUCCCAGUCCGUGGACGGAGGACUUUCGUUCGGCAUUCGGCUGAAGUUGAACCUCUGCAGAAGAGCUGUGAUGAAGAGGAAAAGGUUGCCUCUUGCCAGUGCUUCCCCUAUACACCUACGUUUACCCAAUCCAAACGAUAGUCAGUUACCUGAUGCUUCUGGUGCCAAGUACCGCAAAAUCGGAAAAGAUACAAACAGCUUUCCGACCAUCGACAUGUGUUUGAACAUAUCCGCCAGAAUGCCAUGUAACUUCGCCAGUUGUGGAUCACCAGAAUCAUAUCUUACACCCACAAGCAUUCUCCACAGGGUGUUUAAUAUCGGCGUGCUGAACAACGAGGGCACGCUGACAACACCUUCUCCGCCAUUGGUCUCAUUCAGAAGUGAAACGCCUGUUGCCUAUCCUACAGUAUGUUUGCCGCGUAAACUUGGAAAAUGUGCCGAAAAUUAUUGCUUGUAUGUACUCCAUAAUGUUGCGAAGAGCUUGGGCGAUCCUGACUUUGAGUUAAUUGAACAAGACCCGGACGAAGAUGAAGGAAAUCAUGAGAAUGCCGAACUUCAUCUCCGCCAGCUAGGUCAACAACGAAUACUUAGAAAUUCUGAUAUGCACGCCGACACGGAGCAGCUGUUAGCGAUGCUGACAUUGCGGUUUUUCCCGGCUUCCGAGAAAACGAAUUGCGCAAAAACUAGCUUUGGUUCCGACGUAGAAACAAAAAUGGAGGAGGCUGAAUUAAAGGAGCGCUUGAUGAAUGCUGGAGCUAUUUUGGCAAUCCAUCAUGUAGCUUCCAAGGAAUCACCAUCCUGCAGCUCUCAUCCAAAGGUAGUUUUCAAAGAAUCAUCAGAACCAUCUUGUUCAUUCUGCUCCCAGAAUGAGAAUGAUGCGUUAUCUUCGACAGCACUAGAAAAAUUGAACACCAGUUUCGUAGACCUGUUCCCGACUCCUGAAUUGAAAACUGUCAAUCAAACAAGACGCAAUGCGAUUAAUUCAUCAGCUCAAGUCGUUACCAGGACAGAGUUAUCAACGAUUUCAUUGCCUAAAAAUUCGGGAAAUAGAAAAAAAACUGACAGCAAAAACGAGACAAAAUAUAUCCGUUGCAGCAUCGUCAAAAAUGACUCGAAACAAGACUACAGAAUCGUGAUACUGUUUAUUUUCAAUAUUUUCAAUAUUUUCAAUAUCUUCAACAUGUCCAACAUGUCCAACAUGUUCAACAUGUUCAACAUGUCCAACAUGUUCAACAUGUUCAACAUGUUCAACAUGUUCAACAUGUUCAACAUGUUCAACAUGUUCAACAUGUUCAACAUGUUCAACAUGUUCAACAUGUUCACAUUUUCAAUAUUUUCAAUAUUUUCAAUAUUUUCAAUAUUUUCAAAAUUUUCAAUAUUUUCAAUAUUUUCAAUAUGUUCAAUAUUUUCAAUAGGUAUUUUCAAUAGUUUCAAUAUUUUCAAUAUUUUCAAUAUCUUCAAUAUAUUCAAUAUUUUCAAUAUUUUCAAUAUUUUCAAUAUUUUCAAUAUUUCAAUAUUUUCAGUAUUCAAUAUUUCAAUAUUUUCAAUAUUUUCAAUAUUUCAAUAUUUUCAAUAUUUUCAAUACAAUAUUCAAUAUUUUCAAUAUUUUCAAUAUUUCAAUAUUUUCAAUAUUUUCAAUAUUUUCAAAAUUUUCGAUAUUUUCAAUAUUUUCAAUAUUUUCAAUAUUUUCAAUAUUUUCAAUAUUUUCAAUAUUUUCAAUAUUUUCAAAAUUUUCAACAUUUUCAAUAUUUACAUUAUUUUCAAUAUUUUCAAUAUUUUCAAUAUUUUCAAUAUUUUCAAUAUUUUCAAAAUUUUCAAUAUUUUCAAUAUUUUCAAUAUUUUCAAUAUUUUCAAUAUUUCAAUAUUUUCAAUAUUUUCAAAAUUUGCAAUAUUUUCAAUAUUUUCAAUAUUUCCUAUAUUUGCAAUAUUUCCAAUAUUUUCAAUAUUUCCAAUAUUUUCAAUAUUUUCAAUAUUUUCAAUAUUUGUCAAUAUUCUCAAUAUUUUCUAUAUUUUCAAUGCUUUCAGUAUAUUCAAUAAUUUCGAAAUUUCAAAUAUAUUUUCAAUAUUAUCAAUAUUUUCAAAUUUCAGUUUCAAAAUUUUCCAAAUUUUGAAGAUUUUCAAAAAUUUCAUGAUUUUCAAAAUUUUCAAUAAGUUCAAGGCUUUCAAAAUUACCAAGAUUUUAAAAUGUCAGCCGGAUGAAGGUAGAUCUUUCUACCGGUAA